UAUAGGUUAGAGACCAGAUAGAAUAAAACGCUGAGGGAAGGAGCAGAGAGAAGAAGAAGAAUUAUUAGUUAGUACAGGCAUCUAUGAUAUUAAAAAAAAAAAAAGUACAAAGAAGGGAGAGAACAGUGGAGGUUAAAAAGGAAAGAAGAAGAAAAAAAAAAAAAAAAAAACUCUCUCAAGGCAAGUUGUUAUCAGUCACGUUCAUUCUUUGCUUCCUCCUAUUAUAUCACGAGAUCCCCAUCUCAUCUCUCUCUCUGAAAAACUCCAUGUUUCUUUUGAACCUCUUCUUCUGUUUUCUUUCUCUCAUUCAUUUUUUCCUCUUUUAUGUCUCAAUUUAGUGCACAUUUCUAGAAUUUAUUCUUCAACACAACGAACUUUGUUUAUCUUUGUUUCAACUUUUCUCACCAAAAAGAACACCAUCAUGUCACCUUACUCUCGAUCACCCUCUCAAGAACCCAUUAAUGAUUCCUUCACCAACCGGUUUCGUGACUCUGUCACUUGCAGCAACAACACCAGGAAGCUGGAUUUCAAAGAACUCGAUCUGGGUUCUCCAGUUUCACCAUUAACAAUUCGGGCAUCUCUCAAUAAUGCUACCACCUCCACCCCUUCAAGCAGCACUUCAAGCUCCUCUGGUUCUGUCUCCGCCACCAAAAUUACUAAUACCUCUAUCCAAUUCCCUAAAAAGCCUGAAAAUGUGGCACACAACUACUCCGGCGAGCUCUUCGGCUCAUCCGAGACCAGCCCAGCUCGUCAUAACACUCUGCGUUCCAACAAUUCGCAUCCGGGUCAUCGAAGAUCCAUCUCGGCUGGAGUCCCAUUGAUCUAUUCUGGUUCAAGUUUUGGCUCUACUAGCAAUGUUAGCAGCUAUGGAAAUAAUAAUGGAACAACCUCGGUUUCUACAAGUUCAAGCUCAAAUUUGCUUCCCAGUGGCAACAUUUGUCCAUCGGGAAAAAUCUUGAAAACUGGGUUGACGUGUCGCGUUGCAAACAAGACGGACACUCUGGGUACAGGAACGGCAAACUAUGGACACGGCAGCAUUAUGCGUGGCGGAAGUGGUGGUGCUGGUGCUGGUGCUGGUGCUGCUACUAGUAAAUUGGGAACUGGAGGAGGUACUGGUGGUUGUGGUGAUCCAGAGGAGAUGAAGAAGGCAGGCAAUGAAAUGUAUAGAAGAGGGAAUUUUGUGGAAGCGCUGGGUUUGUAUGAUAAAGCAAUAUUGUUGGCACCGGAGAAUGCGGCUUACCGGAGUAAUAAGGCGGCGGCUCUGACGGCAGUAGGGAGGUUGAGCGAGGCGGUGAGGGAAUGUGAAGAGGCUGUGAGACUGGACCCUGGUUAUGCCAGGGCUCAUCAGAGGUUGGCCUCUCUUUAUCUUAGGUUAGGACAAGCUGAAAAUGCUCGGCACCAUUUACUUUUUCAAGGGCGACAAACAGGUCCAACUGAGUUGCAGAAGCUACAGUCAUUGGAGAAGCAUAUAAAUCGUUGUGCAGAUGCACGGAAGAUUGGUGACUGGAAGGGUGCACUUAGGGAAACUGAUGCAGCCUUAACAAUUGGAGCUGACUCUUCUCCUCAGCUUAUUGCCUGUAAAGCGGAAGCCUUCUUGAAACUUCACCAACUUGAAGAUGCAGAUUCAACCAUAUCAAACAUUCCCAAGGGUGAAUAUUAUCCGCUACAAACAAAGUUAUUUGGUAUGGUUGCUGAAGCUUAUGUGCUUUACGUCCAAGCGCAGAUUGAAUUGGCACUGGGAAGAUUUGAGAAUGCAGUUUCAGUGGCUGAGAAGGCUGUGCUAAUUGAUUAUAGUAAUGUAGACAUUGCUUUGGUGUUAACCAAUGUGAAAAUGGCAGCAAGAGCUCGUAACCAUGGUAAUGAUCUUUUCAGUGCUGGAAAAUAUGCGGAAGCCAGCUCAGCUUAUGGGGAAGGCCUCAAAUAUGAUUCUUCCAACCCUGUUCUUUACUGCAAUCGAGCAGUUUGUUGGUCUAAACUUGGAUUGUGGGAAAAAUCUAUAGAGGACUGCACUCAAGCCCUUAGAAUACAACCAAACUACACCAAGGCCUUAUCUAGAAGGGCUGCCUCAAAUGUAAAGCUUGGACGAUGGGCAGAAGCUGUGAAAGAUUACGACGUCUUGAGAAGGGAACUACCAGGGGACAAUGAGGUUCUGGAAUCUCUACACCAAGCACAGAUCAAAUUGAAGAAAUCUCUUGGUGAAGAUCAUAAUACAAAAUUUGGGGGUGAAGUAGAAGAAAUUUCCAGUCUUGAUAAGUUUAAAGCUGCAAUUUCAUCACCUGGUGUUAAGAUUGUUCAUUUUAAAGCAGCAUCUGAUGAACAAUCUGAAGAUAUAUCCCCAUUCAUAAAUACACUAUGUGUUCGGUAUCCAUCAAUUCAUUUUUUUAAGGUGGAUGUGGAAGAAAGCUUAGCAGUAGCAAAAGCUGAGAGCAUUAAAACUGUUCCAACAUUCAAGAUUUAUAAGAAUGGAGACAAGGUGAAGGAGAUAAUCUGUCCGAGCCAUCAGUUCUUGGAGGAUUCGGUGAGGAGUUACAGUCUAUAGAUUACAUUGUUACAUGUUCUAUCUGUCUGCUUUUAUUAUUAUUAUUAUUAUUAUUUUAAUU